CAGUUGCUGAGCAGCUCUUGUACAGCGGAGAGCUGUGUGCGGGAAUCGUGAGAGUGCUGUGAUGAAGUUAAGUCAUCCUCUUUUCUGAUAUGCAAAUUACACAUGUUUAUUGAGCCCUGAACCGUAAAAUACGACACCUUUGGCAUCUAGUAUUCGUGGCCAGAUAAGAAAAAAUACAAAAAAAAACUUGCAAGCUAAAUUAACUGACCGUUGUUUGGCAUUGGGCGAAUCUUGGUAGUUGUUAAUAAAAGGCGAUAUUAAAGUGAUUUCGGCACCACUAUAAAAGCAGUAGCGAACUUGGAACAAUUUAACCCUUGAUUUUAGCCUUUAUGAAUGGAGUGUCACAUGAUAUUAUUUUAUUGCUCAACUCUAACCGACAAUCUGCUGCUGCCGACCAUUUUGGGCCAGGCAACAAUCCGCUCUCGAUGCUUAUCGUUGCGAUUAUUUGACAAGUUGAAGUGCCGUUAUACAAUUGGCAAAUAACAAAGAAGCCAAUUAGAUUUGCUGCCGGUGGCGGUGCCUGUGCUUCAGCUAAGCUGAGUAUAUCAUGCAUUAACUUAACUAAAUCAAAUUGGACACUAUCGCCGGGGAUAAUCACAGAUGUGAACAUAUUUGCCAAGCAACAACAGCUCGGAAACAAUUUCAAAUAAUACAAAAAGUAAGCAAAUUUUUUAUGUAAUUCGUUGUUUUCCAAAAAAAGGAGACACAAAACACAAAAGAAAACGAAGGAUGCCUUGCUCCGUUUCCAAUUUUGAAUCGGGCUCAAAUCGCUAUCGGCCCAAUGUGCGUAUUGGCAACUGGUUUGAAAACAACUGCCUCGAGGAGGCGAAAAUGGCUAGUUUCCGUAAGAUGCGGGAUCGCGGGGAGCUGCUUGUGGAGAAGGCUCGCAAAUUGUUCGACAACUUCCAGAAGGAGGUGCAACUGGCUGCACCCAAGCACGACAUUAUGGUUGGUGCCACAGUACAGCUGAUGCCCAUCUAUAUGAAUAUACUCGAUAUGGACACAUCCGAGUUGCAUCCCGCUUUGUCUGUGGUUAUCAACGAGCACGCCAUACGCACCAGCCAAACAAUCAACGAGGAUUGCGAGCUGACUGUGGCUCCCUCGGAGCGUCCCUGUAUCCGCAACUCCUUUCGCAUUGUCAGCGGGGAUGAGCACGAUCGCACCGGCGAGAAGCUCAAGUACGGUCAGCGAUUCCGUUUGGAGUGCGUCGAGUCUCCGGAUGAUCCCAUCCUGGUCUACAGUGCACCCAAGCUAAACAAUCUCUCGCAAUCCAUCAAUACGACCUUCAACUCGCAAAAGUACGGCGAAAUCAAUUUACCUUUGGGUCUGGUGCAUCGCAGUAAAAUCAUGUGUCCCGAUGGCGAUAUACCCUCGGCAUUCACCAACUGGUAUUGCAUGCAUGUCGAUCCGUGCAAACGCUUCGAGAGCGAGGGCGAAACUUUGCCCAGCAAUUCACCGUUGGUUAUUGUCCAUGCGGCCACCAAUCGCAAUCUGGCCGCUGAGAAUGUUGUUACCCAGACACUUUUUGGUCCCGAGUUUUUGGUCUCGUGUCAAAACUAUCGCAACGUGUUCAAGCGUGAAAUCUGGAAGAACGUUUGGAUGAUCAGCAAUGGCCAUCACACCCAUGCUUCCCAUUAAAUUUAAAGAGUUGUUCGUUUACUAUGUGUGUUAAUAGGCCGCCUUUGCUGUUGCCUUAUCAAACGCAAAAUACAUUAGGCCAGGCCAAGCAA